AUGUAAAUUAAAGUAUUUGAUCUCAAAUAAAGAAAAUUAAAUGAAUCAUAGCUCUUAAGUUAUCAUUAACAAGAUGUUUUAACACUAAACUUUAUGAAGAAAUCAAAUCAUUUUGUGUCUGGAAGUACAGAUAAAUCAAUUAUAAUAUGGUAUAUGAAUCAGAAUAAUUAAUGGAAAUGCUAACAAAAAUUGGAUGGACAUUCUGAUGCAAUAGGUAGUUUAUUAUUGAAUAAUAAUGAAAAUUUUAUUAUCUCAGGCAGCUAAUUCAUCUAUUAAAUUUUGGAAUAAAUAAAAUGGAUGGUUGUGUUAUUAAAGCAUUAAAAAUCAUACUAAUUAUGUCUAUUCAUUAAGUUUAAAUGA